UGUCUUUACCUUUUUUAUCAUUCUCUGACAGGAAACCCCAACACGAACAGAGAAAAGAGCAGGAGUCCAAAAGACCGCACAUCAAGAAACCGCUAAACGCCUUCAUGCUGUACAUGAAAGAGAUGCGUGCAAAUGUGGUUGCCGAGUGCACGCUGAAGGAGAGCGCUGCCAUCAAUCAGAUUCUAGGACGGAGGUGGCAUGCUUUAUCUCGGGAAGAGCAAGCUAAGUAUUAUGAGCUAGCCCGCAAGGAGCGGCAGCUCCACAUGCAACUCUACCCAGGCUGGUCUGCUCGAGACAAUUAUGGAAAGAAGAAGAAGCGGAAGAGGGAGAAGAUGCAGGAAUCGGCCACAGGUACAAGCCAGAGAAUGAAAACGGCGUACAUCUGAGAAAAUGGAGGAAAACGGAACAAUUUCUCCACAUGCAAAGCGAAGGCAGCAGCUACAGGCUCUCUUCUAGAGAUGGAGGCCUGUUAGAUUCCAUGAAGACCUUUUAAAAUGUCCAAACUGAAACCUCCAGUUCUCAGAGGACCACAGUCCCCCCGUCACAUGCCGCUCCCCCAACCACCAAAAACUCUUCACACCCUCCCUGAAGACGCCUGCUGUAGAGACAAUGAAGACAAUCGCCCUCACACCAUCACACUGUCACAGAAAACUUUUUUUUUUUUAAAAAUACGAUCAGCUUUACUGCACUGAGAAGUAGCAGUGAUUUUUUUUUUUUUUUUUUGACGUGUGCAUAAACACUCCAAACACCUGUUUAAGUUAUUGUAAGUUAUUUUUCCACUUCCUGUGUGUAGCCGUCUCAGCUGACAUUUACUCCCUCGGCAUCUCUACCCUUUUUUUUUUUUCCUCACUGGACUUUUGAGACCAUUUGGGCUUUUGCCCGACUGACCAAACACCUCUAAAGAUGGAGCGAUUUCAUCGUUACCUGCGAAACGUUCUCACUGUGCCAUUUGGUUCCGCUGACCAACUGGUGCAAAAAUGAUCAUUUCAAUUUCCUUUUAGACUGAAUUUUAUUUUGAAUGCUUUUUAUAUCUUGAACCCUUGUUUCAGUUUUUUUGUGUAUAUUUUGUUUGUGUUUUUUUUAUAUAGUGGUAUAUAUUAAAUAAGCUUUGGACACAGGAAAGCCAUUUUUUCUUGUUGAAGCAUCUUGCAGAAAAUUUAAUCUUAAGGCUUCUUUUGAUAACUAUUUGUAACAAAUAGUGACCUCAAGUCUGGCUCAGAUGUAAAAUAAUGCUCAGUAUGUGUACUUUUUAAAACUGUCAGGAUAAUGUCGAUUUUCUUGGUAUUUUUGCAGGCAACAUUAGGACAAAGGUGAGAGUGAUGGCUCAGAGGCCUAUAUUUUAUUGUUGGAAAACACGACAAAUGAAGCAGAUAUAUAUAUUUACCCCAGCACUUGACAGUCUUUUAUUGCGAUGGGCCUUUUGUCUUUUCUCUCUGAUAGCCAAUAGUGUUGUCUUUAGACAUGUUUAUUCCAUGCAACCAUCUCUGUAACAUUUUGAGUUCAAUGCUCUAUUUUAGUAUGACUUGAUGCUUUUUUUUUUUUUAAUUCUUUGUUAUAUUUUGGGUCACUGUCAUCUUGGUAUAGCAUUUUGCUUCCCAAGUGGUCACAUUUUAACUGUUUCAAAAUUUUUUUUUUUUUAAGAAAAAUAAAAGGCACUAUUGGCUCAUUUGA